GCUCCUAUAUAAACCCCACUCCACACCACUCCAUUAUAUCCAUUAUUUCUUAUUCCUCUCUUCUUCUUCGUCUCUUAUACUUAUUAUUAUCAUCAAUAGAUAUAGUUUUGUGCUAUAUAUAUAUAUAUAUAUAUAAUAAGCAAAUUAAGCUCUCUAGCAGAGAGACCAAUAUAAUUAAAUGGCCGGAGGGUUCGCCGUAUCGUCCUCCGGGGCGGAGUUUGAGGCCAAGAUUACGCCUAUUGUCAUUAUAUCAUGUAUAAUGGCAGCCACCGGAGGCCUCAUGUUUGGCUACGAUGUUGGUGUUUCAGGUGGGGUAACAUCUAUGCCGGAAUUUUUGAAGAAAUUCUUUCCGGUGGUUUAUAGAAAAACGACAGCUAAGCAUCUAGAAAGCAAUUACUGCAAGUACGACAAUCAAGGGCUUCAACUGUUCACGUCGUCGCUCUACUUGGCUGGUUUAACGGCAACAUUCUUUGCCUCCUACACCACCAGAAAGCUCGGCAGAAGGCUCACUAUGUUGAUUGCCGGCGUCUUUUUCAUCAUCGGCACCAUUUUCAACGCCGCCGCUGAAAAUCUCGCCAUGCUCAUCAUUGGCAGGAUCUUACUUGGUUGUGGUGUUGGCUUUGCUAAUCAGGCUGUACCAGUGUUCCUUUCUGAGAUUGCACCCACAAGAAUUCGUGGUGGACUAAACAUAUUGUUCCAACUUAAUGUCACCAUUGGAAUUCUCUUCGCAAAUCUUGUAAAUUACGGCACUGCCAAAAUCAAAGGAGGUUGGGGAUGGAGAUUGUCAUUGGGUUUGGCCGGUAUCCCUGCAUGUCUACUAACCAUUGGAGCCCUCUUAGUUGUGGACACUCCCAACAGUCUUAUUGAACGUGGUCACUUAGAGAAAGGUAAAGAAGUACUUAGAAAGAUCAGAGGCACUGACAAUGUCGAGCCCGAAUUCAACGAACUCGUCGAGGCUAGCCGAAUAGCUAAGGAAGUAAAACAUCCUUUUAGAAAUCUCCUCAAGCGCAAGAACCGUCCCCAACUCAUCAUCGCUGUAGCCCUUCAGAUCUUCCAACAAUUCACUGGUAUCAACGCAAUCAUGUUCUACGCGCCAGUACUGUUCAACACACUAGGCUUCGCCGGCGAUGCUUCGCUCUACUCAGCCGUGAUAACAGGGGCAGUUAAUGUCCUAUCCACCGUCGUUUCCAUCUACUCAGUGGACAAAGUUGGACGCCGUAUGCUGUUGUUGGAAGCUGGUGUUCAGAUGUUCUUAUCCCAAGUGGUGAUAGCCAUUAUAUUAGGCCUUAAAUUGUCAGAUAACUCUGACAAUCUAGGGAAAGGUUAUGCAAUUCUCGUGGUUGUUAUGGUGUGUACUUUCGUGUCAUCAUUCGCAUGGUCUUGGGGGCCGCUCGGGUGGCUGAUUCCCAGUGAAACAUUCCCAUUGGAGACUCGGUCGGCCGGACAGAGUGUCACAGUUUGUGUCAACUUGCUAUUCACCUUCGUUAUAGCUCAAGCUUUCCUCUCCAUGCUCUGUCAUUUCAAGUUUGGAAUCUUCUUGUUCUUUUCUGGAUGGGUUCUUGUCAUGUCGUUCUUUGUCUUGUUUUUGUUGCCUGAGACUAAGAACAUUCCCAUUGAGGAAAUGACUGAGAGAGUAUGGAAGCAACAUUGGUUGUGGAAGAGGUUUAUGGAUGAUGAUGAUGAUCAUAAUAAUGUUGUCAAAGUUGGUGACAAGAUAAAUAAUGGUGCUUAUUGAUAUGGAGUAGAGUAUAGGCCUCUGCAUGCCAUGUAAAUUUUUUUAUAUAAUUUUUUUUUGGGGGGGAUGGGAGUAAAGUUUGGAAGAAUAACUAGGAAAUGACUAAUAAUAUGUAGUCAAGUACAAUUUUAUUUUUAUGUGUUGUUUUUAUGGGGGUGUUUUUUUGUAUACGAGGCCAAAAUAUAAUCAAAGGCUUCAUUUGUUUUUUGUUUAAAACUCUUAAUUUUAAUUGUGCCCUAAGAUUUGGAUUUGAAUCUCUUUCAUUUCGUGAGAGAAUUCUUUUGCUUGAAUUAAUGAUAUGAUAACAUAUUCAUUUCGCACCAA